AUGAGUACACCGAACGCUUGUGCUAUCUUUGGUGAAGAUGACAUCUCGAAAAGCACUGAUCUCUUAUCGAUGCAAAGUUGGAAGGACUCGUUAAUGGAAGACAUGAUCGUUCAUGCGAACCUCCUAUUCAACGACAAAGGAUGCAAGAUCCUCUCCCUCCCGCUCGAAGUGAAUCUUCCACGACAGACAGUGAUAUACGGUGCCUCUUACACGCAGAUAUCUCAUGCCUUACUGGAGCCACAGAGGCCAGAAACAGGGUCUCCGUCGACACGGGACUUCACACCGACCUUGCCCACUCGUCCAGGUAACAGUAUUCACCCUUCGCACAGCUCUGCAAAUCAGUCGCGGACUACGGAGUCAGAAACAGAUGACGAGAUCGCACCACCACUUCCUCCUCGCCCGACGAGGUUGGAGGCACGAGUAAUGCAUGCUUCAGAGAGCUCUGUCUCUGGUUCACAGUCUUCUCUAUCGGAACGGCCGGAGGAGUCAGUCGCAGGAACUGCGUUAACUUCUCCUGAUGCGACUCCUAGCUCACCGUCACCUGUUCACUCUCCGCCUGUUUUGCAUAGCGACAAUUACCCGGAAAGCCUAUCUGAGCAUCAGCCUCAGCCCUCUCGAUGCUCUCACUUCUCAUAUACGAACUAA